AGCAUCAUUCGGUCUUUUACUCAAACGAAGUAAACUUCAUGACAUGCAUGAAUAGCUACCAAGUAUUCAGCAAGACAAAUGUUCCAUACUCGACGUCGAUAGAUAUACAUAGUAAAGAUAGAUCGGAGGCAUUGGAUUCGAGAAUCGGGCAUAACCUUACCUAGGGAAGAAUGGAUGGCCAUCUCACUGCCACUGCCACUGCCUUCCCACCAAAACAAUGGCAUAUUAAUCCAAGCAUCUAUUCAUCGGUACCCACGGCCGGCCGGCUCUUGUAACAAACAAUUUCGUCUCCAACAGGCUUCUUAUUUGAUGAUUCCAUUACUUUCUUUUGGAAGCCACGCAAGCCGUGUCCCUACUAAACCAUUGGAAGAACUUGACACUUGUCUCUGAGUGCCCAGUAGAUUGUGGGCUAACUAUUAGUUUCAUGCAAUGUGGGGUUCAAAAGAUGAGGUAUGAGGUACGGGUACGAGGUGUGAGAUGUGAGAUGUGACGACUGGGGAAUCACCAUAGCCUUAAGAAAUCAAGGGGAACAGGGGAAAGCUGUAUGGCCUCAUUCAAGGUAUCCCCCUUGGAAGUCUACAGAGUACAACAUUGGUCAGAAUCCCCAUUCUGUACUCGAGUAUACCUCCUCAUUCACGUUACUUACAAGCGGGGGCUUGAUAUUUAAGGGAAUAAAACGGUGAAUCAUAUACUACUCUAUUUGGUUAAGAAGUAAAUGGCAUGCGGGUGUGAGUGUAUGAAUUCCAUAAAGGCAUGGGUAGUAAAAGAGGGGUGAGGGUUCGACGGUAACACUUCCAUCUAUUUAAAGCCCUCGUCUCUCCCCUCCUCUUCUUUUCUCACCAACAACUACAUCUCUACAUCUCUACAUCUCUACACAACUUCAAUCUACAACUAUAUCUCACACUUUUCAAAGUUUUUAACUUUCGCCAAAUAGAUCUAUCAAAAUGGUUUUCGGCUGGGGCGAAUCUCAAGAACACUACGACCAAUACCAAAGCCAAGACACUGCCAGUCUCGGUCAUGAGGUUCUCGCAGGAGGUGCUGGUUUCGCUGCCAUGAAGAUGUUCGAGGACAGACAACGCAAGGAGGGAAAGCCAGUCUCCCACGCUUUUGCUAAGGAGCUUCUCGCCGGUUUUGCCUCUGCUGAAGUCGACAAGUUGGCUGAGACCAAGGGUGAGGACUGGGUCCGUGAGCACAGAAUGAGAGAAAAGUCAGAGGAACAAGCCGCACAUUUGUAUGAUCAACACUAUGGUCAGGAUGAUCAAUACGACCCAAACCAACGUGGUCCCCCAGAGCACUUCCAAAGCUACGACAACAACUAUUAAAUUGACAAUCGAGAGUACGGAAUUGAUCGAGGAUAUCAGAAUUGAUAGUAUGAUGAAUUGAUGGGAUUUCUGCUGCCUCAAUCAGGGGAUUGCCGAUGAUGAUGACGAAUUUUAUAUAUAUAGCAUGCAUAGCUUUUCAUGAUGGACGAUACCGCCUGGCAGAAGCUUAGGUUCACAGAAUAUAGUCUCAAUCGAAAUAAAAAGAUUUCGACCAGCAACGUUGAUUUUGUCUUGUUAUUUUCAGUAUUCAAACACUGAUCAACUUGUGAU